GCCAUAGGCCAAUUCCAAUCGGCGUGCUCAUUUGAACAAGAAGAACCGCUACGAAGCACGGGAGGAGAGCGGCCCAGUACGAUAAUUCAACUUUCAAGUCAAUAUUGAUGGAGUGGCAGCCAGAUGAGCAGGGACUUCAGCAGGUCCUCCAACUGCUCAAAGACUCACAGUCGCCCAACACAGUCACGCAGAGAGCUGUCCAACAAAAACUCGAACAACUCAACCAAUUCCCCGACUUCAAUAACUAUCUCAUCUUUGUUCUCACGCGACUCAAAACUGAAGAUGAGCCGACUCGCUCUCUGAGUGGUCUGAUACUGAAGAACAAUGUUAAGGCCCACUACCAGAGCUUCCCCUCAGCUGUUGCUGACUUCAUCAAGCAGGAAUGUCUCAACAACAUCGGUGAUCCCUCGCCGCUCAUCCGUGCCACCAUCGGCAUCCUGAUCACUACUAUUGCCUCCAAGGGAGAGCUACAAACAUGGCCUGAGCUGCUGCCCCAGCUCUGCAACUUGCUCAACUCGGAGGACUACAACACCUGCGAGGGCUCGUUUGGAGCACUGCAGAAGAUCUGCGAGGACUCAUCGGAGCUGCUGGACAGCGACGCUCUGAACAGACCCCUCAACAUUAUGAUACCAAAAUUCCUCCAGUUCUUCAAGCACUGCAGCCCUAAGAUUAGGUCCCACGCCAUCGCCUGUGUGAACCAGUUCAUCAUUGGUAGAGCCCAGGCCUUAAUGGACAACAUUGACACCUUCAUAGAGAGCUUGUUUGCGCUGGCAGCAGAUGAAGACUCUGAGGUUCGAAAGAAUGUGUGCCGAGCCCUGGUCAUGUUACUGGAGGUCCGCAUUGACCGCCUCAUCCCCCACAUGCACAGCAUCAUCCAGUACAUGCUGCAGCGAACCCAGGACCCCGAUGAGAACGUGGCUCUGGAGGCCUGCGAGUUCUGGUUGACUUUAGCGGAGCAACCCAUCUGUAAGGAGAUGCUGUCUGGACACCUGGUGCAACUGACACCUAUCCUGGUAAAUGGGAUGAAAUAUUCAGAGAUAGACAUCAUAUUAUUAAAGGGUGAUGUGGAAGAGGACGAGGCAGUGCCAGAUAGCGAUCAGGACAUCAAGCCUCGCUUCCACAAGUCGCGCACUGUCACCCUGCAGCACGAAGGAGGGGAGGGGGAGGAGGGCGAGGACAUUGAAGAAGACGAUGACGAUGAUGACGACACGCUGUCCGACUGGAACCUGCGAAAAUGUUCAGCUGCAGCGCUGGACGUGCUGGCCAACGUGUUCCGUGAUGAGCUGCUGCCCCACCUCCUGCCCCUCCUGAAAGGCCUGCUCUUCCACCCAGACUGGGUCAUCAAGGAGUCUGGCAUCCUGGUUUUGGGAGCCAUAGCCGAGGGCUGCAUGCAGGGUAUGGUGCCCUACCUACCAGAGCUGAUCCCCCACCUUAUCCAGUGUCUCUGUGACAAAAAGGCCCUGGUGCGCUCCAUCGCCUGCUGGACCCUGAGUCGCUAUGCACACUGGGUGGUCUCCCAGCCCCCCGACUCCUACCUCAAACCUCUCAUGACGGAGCUCCUGAAACGCAUCCUGGACGGCAACAAGAGGGUGCAGGAGGCCGCCUGCAGUGCGUUUGCCACCCUGGAGGAGGAGGCGUGCACAGAGCUGGUGCCCUACCUGAGCUUCAUCCUCGACACACUGGUGUUUGCCUUUGGAAAGUACCAGCACAAGAAUCUGCUCAUUCUCUACGAUGCCAUAGGAACCCUGGCAGACUCAGUGGGUCACCACCUUAAUCAGCCUGAGUACAUUCAGAAGUUGAUGCCCCCCCUUAUUGCCAAGUGGAAUGAGCUGAAAGAUGAGGACAAGGAUCUCUUUCCACUCCUAGAGUGUCUGUCGUCAGUAGCCACCGCCCUGCAGAGUGGUUUUCUGCCUUACUGUGAGCCAGUUUAUCAACGCUGUGUCACACUAGUCCAGAAGACUCUAGCUCAGGCCAUGAUGUACAACCAGCAUCCAGACCAGUAUGAGGCCCCUGACAAGGAUUUCAUGAUCGUGGCUUUGGAUCUGCUGAGCGGCCUGGCUGAGGGUUUGGGGGGUCAUGUGGAACAGCUAGUGGCCCGCUCGAACAUCAUGACCCUGCUUUUCCAGUGCAUGCAGGAUACUAUGCCCGAGGUGAGGCAAAGCUCCUUCGCUCUGCUGGGUGAUCUAACCAAGGCAUGCUUCCUCCAUGUUAAGCCCUGUAUUGCUGAGUUCAUGCCCAUCCUGGGGCUGAACCUGAACCCAGAGUUUAUCUCGGUGUGUAAUAACGCCACCUGGGCCAUCGGAGAGAUCUCCAUGCAGAUGGGUGCAGAGAUGCAGCCUUAUGUGGGCAUGGUGCUGCCACACCUAGUGGAGAUCAUCAAUAGACCCAACACACCCAAGACUCUGCUGGAAAACACAGCCAUCACGAUCGGCAGACUGGGUUACGUCUGCCCCCAGGAAGUGGCACCACAGCUGCAACAAUUCAUUAGACCAUGGUGCACAUCGUUGAGGAACAUCAGAGAUAAUGAGGAGAAGGACUCGGCCUUCAGAGGUAUCUGCGUGAUGAUCGGUGUUAACCCUGCAGGAGUGGUGCAGGACUUCAUUUUCUUCUGUGACGCUGUGGCCUCCUGGGUCAACCCCAAGGACGACCUGAGGGACAUGUUCUAUAAGAUCCUGCAUGGAUUCAAGGACCAGGUCGGGGAAGAGAACUGGCAGCAGUUCUCGGAGCAGUUCCCUCCUUUGUUGAAGGAGCGCCUGUCAGCCUGCUACGGCGUCUAACCCAAACUCCCCUUUGUCCACAGAGGACACCAACCUGUUAGGUUCAUGUAGGGGAGGGUUACUGGGGAACUCAUUGCACUGCCCAGAUUGUGGGGAGAAACAAGAGCUGGAGGGAUGUGACUGGCCUUGACCCUCCACUCAGCGGAUGGCCCCCUUUCCCCCCGCGCCCUGUGUGUCUCUCUGAGGGAGGGAGGGGUGGGAGGAGGGUGGUGGGUGUGGGAGGGUAAACUGGGGAUAUAUACAUAUACCUCUCGGACUAAACGCCUCACUCAAUCCAACACAGUCAAAAGUGACUUUUCGCCAACAGCACGCAGGGAUCCUAGUUAAGUGAGGCUGGCUUUGACCGCCCCCUCCUCGAUUUGAUUAUUCUGUUAAGAUAGGUAACGGCUGGGAGGGGAGGGGGGGGGUGUCAGAUAGGUACAUAAUAAAGGAAUUAUCUGAACCAGCAUAGGGUGCCACAGUCCCAAACACCACAAUGCACCUAGUCCGUAGAAUCACACGCGUAGAUGUGUUUAAAUAGGCUCGUGCCAGAGGCUAAACAAAAACAACAUUUUACUAUGUAACAGUGCAGGAAAUGUGCACAAAUUGUUUGCACCUUUUCUGGUGAAAUUGCAUAAACCAUUUGGUGUGCAUAUACAUGGGUCUUUACUCUUUUCACGCGUACAUUUAGCUGAAUUUAAUUUCCUUCCUCUUCCCUCGGUUACUGAAUUCCUCGCCGAUCAUCACUCGAGACAAAAAAAAACAAACAAAAAAAAAAAAUGAUGCAGUAGGUCUGUCCUCUAAGGUUUUACCACCGCAGUACCAAGUUAUUGCAUGGCAUAUGAUCACCUCUGAAGUGACGCAUGUUUGAGUGAAUGUCUGUCUCGUCGCUCACUUGAUUCAUUACAUUAAUUGUCGUCAGUACGGGGAGGCUGCCAUAAAGCGAAGCUGUCAGGUGCUUGCUCUGUUUGUCCUCCCAUUCAUACAUAUUGUCGAAACAAUGUCCCUUUAGUUCAAUGGAAGCUUUGUGCGUGAAGACCAACUUUAGGUAAAUUAAAGCAGGAAUCAGCCUCACGUCGGUUUGGAGAAUCCUGCUCUGCAUCAAGAGUUCAAAUACUGUAGUCGAGAAUCCUUUUUGCUGCUGCUGCUGCUGCUGCUGCUUCGUUUUUAGGGACUUUACAAGACAGACUUACUGAGGGCGAUAAGACAUCACCAAGAAUGAAUAACUGAUAUAAAUGCACUUUUUUUUUCUUUUUUUGUAAGAAAUUUAGAAUUUCAAAUGUAAGACAUACAGUAAUAAUAUACUGAUCUUGAGACAUAGUUUCUUUUGAUUUUAGGACUGUUAAUGACUUGAUAACUUUAAGCAUAAUGAUUAUGGUAAGCAAUGGUAAAAAUGGCUAGCUAAGACUUGAGGCCUCUUAACGUGGUUUUAUAAUGUAGCGCCUCCUGAAGUAGGAUUUAAGAGGAGGGAGACAUCUUAAUUACAGUAUUUUGCAUCCACGUCCCAGUGCAUCUGUCAAUCCGUACCUGUGUUUGAGUGUCCCCGACUUUCUCAUCAAUGCUUUUUUUGUUUGUUUGUUAAACGAUGGCUGCUCGAGCCAUCAAGGCUGCUCCUGGUCAUGAACAUUGCAUGCUUUUCAGUGAGUCUUGCUCCUCUUUCUUUUUUAGUCAUUUUAUAUAACCGGUCCAUUUGAAGGGCUCUACCGUCUAAGAGCUUUGUCAAUGGCAAUGCAACUUGCUGCUGGACUAAUAAGGUACUUCUCCAGCUUCUGAUCAAACUAAUGAUUGUCGUUGCCAUAUAUUCACCCGUUGAUACUGUGUAGGAUUUGCCCAGGAAUACACUGACUCCAAUAGUUGUCCCCUGACACUGGUUAGCUUCUGUGAGCGAGUGGUGGUCUUUAUCGAGCUUUAUCUUUUAGUCGUUGUCCCCAGUGGACGGUUCUGAUGGAAGUGUGUAUGGCUGUUUGCCUGUUGGUGUUUUGCCAUAAAGGUGUGUAUGUGAGUACUGCUUAGAUGUGAUGUUGCACCAGCACCGAUGAAGUUAUAUCCUGGGGCAUCGUUUGAGUGGAUGUGGCUGUGGGGAGUAUCAACAUUUGCCUGCCAGUUAACACCAGUUUGAACUUAGUUUGAGCAAAUCUUCUGAAGGCCCAGAUGCACCAAACCGACAUCAUGAACUAGCUGCGACGAAUUGUUUGUCGGCCAAGAAGUUUCCCAUAAACACAAAGCAAAGAAAUGGCAUCGUUUUGCGCCUGCGUGAGAAGAAAUAACUCUCCAUGCCAGCAGACGGUGGCCGCUCAUAUCCGCCAUUUAAAAAAGGGAAACCGGAAGACUGACGUGGUGCAAGUCAGCACAUUAACAACACAAUCCAAUGUUAAAAAACUGCGUAUUUACCAAUGCAGCAGUCAACGAGAACUCAAACCACCAGGAAACGUUUCUGCUAAAUUGCUCAAUGGCAAACGAAAAACAAUCUUACCGUAUAUAACAAGCUUUUUUUGACCUCCCUCCCUUUUGAUUUGAGCCGUUUGUUGACAUUUCUUGCUUCCGUUUCUCUUCUCGUGUGCUGACCUAAACCGCCAGUCCGCGAUUUUAUUCACCGACGGGCUCUGCUGAUUAAACAUACUUAAUUGGCUUAAAAAAAGACCUCUUCCUUCCUGAAUAUCAGCUCACGUCAGUAGAUGAUGUAUUUUAUAGAAUUAGAGUUAAUGUAAAAGUUUCUUCAAACAGAUCUUUUCCAUGUUUUAACUGGUAGGCAAGCUUUGAGAUGUGAGGCAGUCACUCACUGAUCACAGGCUGGACUGUUCAGUUCUUGGAGCAGCGACUGGUGAAGCAUUCGUUACAUGAAUCACUCAGAGGAUGCAGCUCCUGUGCCACAAAGAAUUGGUAAAAAAAAAAAAAAAAAAAAAGUUGAGGCUUUACCACUCCUCAUCAUUUUGUGAUACACUAAGCUACAUACAGAAGUAAAUUUAAAUGCAAGUUGUCCACAGAUUAUUUUAUUUUUAUUUUUAUUUUGAUGCUCGUGACGGUUUUGUUUUUAUUAAUUUAUUUUAUUUCUGAUUUAUUAUUUUUAUUAUUUUUUGUUUGUUUUUUUGUGCACCAGUGCACAAAUUCUUUUGGACUUUAAAAGUUUUUUUUCCUUCCUUUUUUUAUUCUUUUUAUUUAAAGAAUUAUUUGUUUUCGUUGUUUUAUAGCGGACCAUUUGAUUUUGUCAAAUUUGAUGUGGUAGGACUGAAAGAGAGUCUGUGCUCAGUGCAUACCUUAGGGAAGAAUGUGGAAAACUAAUUCAUAACUUUGUUUCAAUCUGAUAUCAAGGCUGGCAAUUGAAUUUGAUGUAGUACCUUUUUCUUUGCUCAACUGUGGUGCAGGUGGGAUGUUAUCUGAUGUAUCCCUUUUUAUUUAAUUUUUGUGAAUAGGGGAAAAUAAAUUUUUUUUCUAUUAA